AUGGCGGACGUCGACCCUGGCUCUGAGCCAAACCACCAUCCCGCAACCAACUCCGAAAAGCCUCCCGUGGAUACUACCACCGAAGCUCCCGCAGCCUUGAAAUCGGACGAGCCGAACCUACCCGAAGCGAUAGAAUCGCAAGAGCUCAAUGAACAAGAAGAGGAAGAGACUCAACCGGAGGAGGGAGAACUCGCAAGUGAGCAUCAAGAUGAAGAAAAGCCCGAGGUUCCGCCUAAGGAUACUGUAGAGGAGGAGGACAACAACAUCGCGGAAUCCGAACAGCCCAAUCCCGAAGAUGCACCACCUCAAAUCUAUGAAACACACCCCAGUGAAGACAAUGCGCCAGACUCGAGGAUGCGAUCGGACUCACGGUCUACAACAGCUACCUUUGCAACGGCACGCGGCGGCCCCGUCAGCUCAACAGUCUUCAUUGUGACAGCGCUUGAUGCCAUUGCCGCUUCGCGGGAAGCCCGGAGGAGCAAAGAGUUGGAGGAUGCCACUCAAAUAGCUCUGGGUAAUAUCAGGUCUGAUCACAUUGAUCCAGAGCUCAUCUUUCGCCCCCUCCACCUGGCAAGCAAGAGCUUGAGUGUGCCUCUGCAGGUAACAGCGUUAGACUGCAUUGGAAAACUGAUAUCCUACUCAUACUUUGCAUUCCCUUCCGCCGAGUCCAACAACGAUGCCAAUCCUGAACAACCUCCUUUGAUCGAACGAGCCAUCGAUGCAAUCUCAGUCUUGAAUGACAAGAUCGUGGUACAUGGAGCUGGUCUCCUGAAAGCUGUUCGCCAGAUCUAUAACAUCUUCAUCUACUCGAAGUCUAGUCAGAAUCAACAGAUCGCACAAGGUUCGCUAACCCAGAUGGUUAGCACGGUGUUCGAUCGAGUACGAGUCCGGCUGGACCUAAAAGAGCUUCGAACACGUGAGGUGGAUCGUUCUGGAAGUACUCUCGAUGCAUCAGCCAGCGAUCAAGGCCAGCUUUCCGAGGUCGCUUCAGUCUCAGUGGCUGAUCAGGCCGAUCCGUCUGACCCAUCUGAGCAAUCUGACCAGCCAGUCACAAAGGAGCCAACAGCCGAAAAACUGACUUUGCAAAGCUUUGAAUCCCCCAAAGAGGUUUCUGGUGUCAAUGAUAAUGCACCAACUACAGUCACCCGUGCCAGAGGAACUCGGGGAUCCUCAGCACGAUCUCUCUCCGGCAUCCCUGAAGAUCGAGAAGAUGACAGUUCCGCUGAGGACGAAGUCGAUGAGGUUUAUGUGAAGGAUUGCUUCUUAGUAUUCCGAGCCCUGUGCAAACUGAGCCACAAAGUCCUCGGUCAUGAUCAACAACAAGACCUGAAGUCUCAGAAUAUGCGUUCCAAGUUGCUUUCUCUGCACCUCAUCCACUAUCUGAUUAACAACCAUACCGCCACCUUUACAUCGCCUCUUGCUGCUAUCAAGAACAGCUCCACCAACCCGGAUGCCAUGACUCUUCUACAGGCGGUGCGACCCCACCUUUGCCUUAGUCUAAGUCGUAAUGGCUCCAGCUCAGUGCCUCAUGUUUUCAAAGUUUGUUGUGAGAUCUUCUGGUUGAUGCUUGCGUAUAUGCGAGUUAUGAUGAAGAAGGAGCUUGAAGUAUUUAUGAAGGAGAUCUACUUGGCUAUUCUUGAGAAACGAGCUGCUCCCGCUUUCCAGAAGCAAUACUUCAUGGAGGUUCUCGAAAGGUUAGGUGGUGAUCCUCGCGCCUUGGUCGAAAUUUAUCUCAAUUAUGACUGUGACCGCACUGCAUUGGAAAAUAUCUUCCAGAAUCUCAUUGAACAAUUAUCACGCUACGCGAGCGUGCCCGUUGUCACCAGCAUUGCGCAGCAAACCCAAUUCCAGGAGAGUCACGCGAAGAUGUCUAGCAUUGGAGCUGAAUGGCAUCAGCGCGGUACCCUUUUUCCUUCUCUCACCAGUGCCAACAUCACUCCACCCCCGCAACCUGCGGUGCCAAACAUGCCAUCGGACUACGUUCUCAAACAGCAGGCUCUCGAGUCCCUGGUAGAAAUUCUACGCUCUCUUGACAACUGGGGGAGACAACGACUGGAUGACCAGCCCCCACAAGAUUCAGCUGUUCCCUCCAGGUCGAUGGAUCACUCCCGAGAAUCUUUGGAUACUAGUGUUCUUGCCUCGCCGCGACCUGAUAUUGUUGACGGAUCUAUAACCGGUCGAUCCACACCUGUUCCUGACGAUGAUCCCAACCAGAUCGAGAAGAUCAAGCAGCGUAAGAUCGCAUUAAUGAAUGCCAUCCAGCAAUUCAAUUUCAAACCCAAGCGUGAUAUUGCAAGCUUCCUGCUCCGUAGUGAACGUCUAGACAAGGCCAUGCUGGGUGAAUAUCUGGGUGAGGGUGAUGCCGAGAACAUUGCCAUCAUGCAUCACUUUGUUGACCAAAUGGACUUCACCAAGCGACGUUUUGUUGAUGCUUUAAGAUCAUUCUUGCAGCACUUCCGUCUUCCUGGUGAGGCACAGAAAAUUGAUCGAUUCAUGCUCAAGUUUGCGGAGCGCUAUACCACCCAAAAUCCCAAUGCUUUCGCCAAUGCUGAUACAGCUUAUGUCUUGGCCUAUUCUGUUAUCAUGCUUAACACUGAUCAGCACAGUGCCAAGUUGAAGGGUCCGCGAAUGACCAAGGAUGAUUUCAUCAAGAACAACCGUGGUAUCAAUGACAAUCAAGACUUGCCAUCUGAGUACCUCGGAUCCAUCUAUGAUGAAAUCGGCAGCAACGAAAUUGUUCUCGACACUGAGCGAGAGCAUGCUGCAAACAUCGGUAUCCAAACAUCCGCUCCAACAGGCUUGGCGACACGAGCUGGCCAGGUCUUUGCAACUGUGGGUCGCGACAUCCAGGGAGAGAAGUACGCACAGGCAUCUGAGGAGAUGGCGAACAAGACAGAGCAAUUAUACCGCUCCCUUAUCCGGGCUCAGCGCAAAACAGCAGUCCGUGAUGCCCUCUCUCGCUUUAUUCCUGCUACUUCUAUUCGACAUGUGGGAUCUAUGUUCAAUGUCAGCUGGAUGUCCUUUUUGUCUGGACUAUCAGCGCCGAUGCAAGACACCUCGAACCUCGAGACUAUUCGACUUUGCAUGGAGGGACUCAAACUCUCCAUUCGCAUCAGCUGUGCGUUUGACCUGGAGACACCUCGGGUGGCCUUCGUAACAGCUCUGGCUAAAUUCACCAACCUCGGAAACGUGAAGGAAAUGAUGCCGAAGAAUUUUGAAGCCCUGAAAUCUCUACUCGAUGUCGCUACCACAGAAGGCAACCAUCUCCGUACCUCUUGGCGUGAGAUCUUAACCUGUGUCAGUCAGCUUGACCGACUACAGCUGUUGAGUGAUGGCGUCGAUGAAGGAUCAUUACCAGAUGUCUCUCGAGCGCCGACAAUUUCAGGAGACGCUUCUCGCAAAUCCAUGCAAAGCACUCGCAGCAAAACUCGCACGCGCUCAGUCAACGGCCCUACAGCUUUCAGAAUGGAGAUUGCCAUGGAGAGUCGGUCGGCCGAUAUGGUUCGCGGCGUGGACAGGAUCUUCACCAACACUGCCAAUCUUUCGCAUGAGGCUAUCAUUGACUUUGUGCGUGCUUUGAGUGAGGUUAGUUGGCAAGAAAUUCAGUCCUCGGGCCAGAGUGACUCCCCAAGAACAUACAGUCUUCAAAAGCUGGUCGAGAUCAGUUACUACAACAUGACCCGUGUCAGAAUUGAGUGGUCAAAGAUCUGGGAGGUCUUAGGUCAACACUUCAACCAAGUCGGAUGCCACACCAACACCGCAGUUGUAUUCUUUGCGCUAGAUUCACUCCGACAAUUGUCAAUGCGUUUCAUGGAAAUUGCCGAGCUUCCCGGUUUCAAAUUCCAGAAGGACUUUCUCAAGCCUUUCGAGCAUGUCAUGGCGAACAGCACCACUGCUUCCGUCAAGGAUAUGAUCCUUCGGUGCUUGAUUCAAAUGAUUCAAGCCCGUGGUGACAAUAUUCGGUCUGGAUGGAAGACCAUGUUUGGAGUUUUUACAGUUGCUGCACGAGAGCCCUAUGAGGGGAUUGUGAACAUGGCUUUUGAUCAUGUCACUCAAAUCUACAACACACGUUUCGGCGUUGUGAUCACUCAAGGUGCUUUUGCGGACCUGAUCGUUUGUCUAACAGAGUUUUCCAAGAACUCCAAGUUCCAGAAGAAGUCUCUGCAGGCAAUUGAGCUUCUGAAAUCAACAGUCAGCAAGAUGCUGCGUACUCCAGAGUGCCCUCUCUCCCAUCGUGAUGGGCCUGCGCCCAACUUCCAGGAGGAGGGAACCAACCUUGCCAAGCAACUGACUCGCCAGUCUCAAGAAGAACAGUUCUGGUACCCGAUCCUUAUCGCUUUCCAGGAUGUACUGAUGACUGGCGAUGACCUAGAGGUCCGAUCUCGAGCACUUACAUAUCUCUUUGAAACCUUGAUUCGACAUGGCGGUGACUUCCCCCGUCAUUUCUGGGACGUCCUUUGGCGUCAAUUGCUCUGCCCAAUCUUCGUAGUCUUGCAGUCCAAAUCCGAAAUGUCCAAGGUUCCUAACCAUGAGGACCUUUCUGUUUGGCUGUCAACUACCAUGAUUCAGGCCCUGCGAAACAUGAUCACCCUCUUCACUCACUAUUUCGAUUCUCUCGAAUACAUGCUGAGUCGCUUCUUGGAGUUGUUGACUCUGUGUAUCUGCCAGGAAAACGACACCAUUGCACGCAUUGGAAGCAACUGCUUGCAGCAACUGAUCUUGCAGAACGUCGCCAAGUUCCGGGAGGAGCAUUGGACCCAGAUUGUCGGGGCUUUUGUCGAGCUGUUCAGCAAGACAACUGCGUACGACCUGUUCACUGCGGCGGCCUCCAUGACCAAAAUGACGGAGACGGCUACUAAUGGUGAUCUUCAAGCUGGCCAGGCUGCGGCCUCGCCAGCAUUUGGCGACGUGCCUGACGCUCUUCAGCCCAAUGGAUCUGAGAGUACAACCUCGCUCCAGGAAUCAGGUGAUCCGCCAGCUCAGAGUGAGGCACGUGCUGAACUCGAGGACUACCGGCCCCAGGCGGACCCCCAGCAGCAACCAGCUGCUGUUACAGUGGCCAGACGUCGCUUUUUCAACCGUAUCAUUACCAACUGCGUUUUGCAGUUGCUCAUGAUUGAAACAGUUCACGAACUGUUUUCUAACGACAAUGUCUAUGCGCAGAUUCCUAGUCACGAGCUUCUGCGACUGAUGGGCUUGCUCAAGAAGAGUUAUCAGUUUGCCAAGAAGUUCAAUGAAGACAAGGAACUGCGCAUGCAGCUCUGGCGCCAAGGAUUCAUGAAGCAGCCUCCCAACCUGUUGAAGCAGGAGAGUGGCAGUGCUGCUACUUAUGUCCAUAUUCUCUUCCGCAUGUACCAUGAUGAACGAGAGGAGCGGAAGAGCAGUCGCACUGAGACCGAGGCAGCCCUCAUUCCCCUUUGUGCAGACAUCAUCCGCAGCUUUGUCCGCCUCGACGAAGAAACCCAGCACCGCAACAUUGUGGCCUGGCGACCGGUGGUUGUAGAUGUCAUUGAUGGAUAUAACAACUUCCCUCUAGAAGGUUUCGAUAAGAAUAUCGAGACUUUCUACCCCUUAGGAAUUGAACUUCUGAGCCGUGAUCUUAACCCAGAGAUCCGCGUCUCCUUACAGGCUCUCCUGCGCCGUAUCGGCGAGGUCCGACUGGGCGUGGCUCCGCCCAACUCUUUGGAUGUGCCCAUCAGCCCGCGUAGCUCCGUCUCCCAGCAGGCUUCCCGUCGCGAUAGCUGA